GGAGCAUCCAGCCAGCGUGGACGGUGCGUUGCGUCGAACGCUCACGACUACGCGCCAAGGACACAGCGGCUGCUACGGCAACGCGAAUCUGUACAAAUACCUUACACUGGGCGGGCUGAGCUUUGACGCUGUCUAAAAUCGCUUGCAUCGCUCAGCAAAAAGUUGUGACAUCACGCUGCUACCAUCGCCCAGACGCGCCGCCGCGAUGAAAUCCCCCCUCCAAAAAACGCGAGCAGCCCUGAAAAGGAGCCGGCAGAACCUCGCCAAGCUCGCAGCCUCGAAGCGAGACGCCACGAGCGGCCUGCCCGUCUUCGAGGCCGACACGUACGCGCGGUCGCCGUCCGAGUCGUCUCUGACAAAAGCCAAGCGCAGCGACUACAACCUCAAGGAGCUGUCCGAGUCGUCCGAGUCGUCCGACGAGGAGGCCGGCCCGCGUUUGCCCCGCAAGGCCGACGCCAAGGGCCGGCGGUCCUGGGCGCUCGUGCUCGUCGCGGCGGCGUGCCUCGGCGGCGCCGGCUACGCGGCGACGCGCUCGGCGAAGCCGACGCCGGUCCUCCACGCGGACCGCUCGCUGCGCACGGCGACGGACCUCUUCCGGAAAGCCGCGACGGCCGACGGCCUCCGGAGCGCCGAGUUCACGCGCGCGACCGACGCUCUCAAUCCGUUUCUCGAGGCGCUCCACCUGGGCCUCGCGCCGCUCGUGCGCGUUAACGUGGUCAAGCUGCAGAACGCCGGCGCCGAGAAGACGCAGGACUCGAUAGAAACGCUGGUCCGGGCCGAGCGGCGCGCGGGAACCGACGACGAGGACGCGUCCGUUUCCGUCGCGGUCCUCUGGAACGGGCGCAUCCUCCGGCUCUGCGAGCGGCUGAUCCGCGACGUCGUCAAAUCGGACGCGCCCAUGCCGCAGCUGGCGCACCGCGCGUACAAGACGACGCUCGAGCCGCACCACAACUGGAUCAUGCGGUCGGGCGCGCGCGCGCUGCUGCGCCUGACGCCGGACCGGCGGACGCUCUUCGAGACGCGGCUCGGUUAUGAGGCAGACGGCCCGGCGCUCCGGGCGGACCUCGAGGCCUUCGCGGCCGCGGUGCGCGCGUGCGUCGACCGCCUGGACGCGCUUUAUCGAGAGGCGGACAGCCGGGAGCGGCUUUGAUCACCUACCACGCCAUGUGAAAGAAGUGUAAUCUGUUUUAAUCGAA